CCAACAGCAUGUCAUUUUUAUUUUAAUUUUUAUAUCAUGACAACAGAACACAAGUGUUUUUAGAUAUAACUUAUAUUUUUGUUAAAUAUGGACAGUAAAACCAACGUGUGAUACGAUAAUAUGAUGAAUUUAAGUAAUUACUUAUGUAAAGAUGAGUUCUUUGUCUCAGAUAGGCGUUUGUUCAAAAGAGAAAGUGUCAUGUGAAAUCAAAGAGUCGCCUUCAAUGAUGUGGAAGAGGUCGAUUGUGCAAGUUAAGUCUGAGUGUGUACGUGCUGCUGGAGGCCUAGUAUUAGCACUCGCUGUAAUAACUAGUACAUUUGGAUUAAGUUCUGGCGCAGACUUGGUAAUAGAGAUCCCAGGAUGGGGAGGUGGAGAUACAGAUGAGGCUCACUACAGACUGGAUUACAGGCCCCCACAAGGCUCCCCCGCACCCAACUUCACUGUGCCUGCACGCGCCUCUACAAUAAAUUUUCAAGGUCUCCCAGGCACUAAAUACCACUUUAUGCUGUAUUACACCAAUGCAACAUUUGCUGACCUAUUAACAUGGAAUCAAACUAUUAUUACAGCGCCCGAGCCCCCCACCAACCUGACGGUGAGCCUGGGCCGCAACAAGCAGGCUGCCAUCUCGUGGUCGCCGCCCGCUCACGGAGACUACACUGGCUUCCGUUUCAAGGUGGUGCCGCUAUCAGAGCGCGGCGCGGGCUCCGAGGGCGGAGCUCGCAACAUCACGGUGGAGGGCGACGCCGACGGCAACUGGACCCAGGUGGUGCGCGACCUGUCGCCGGGCGCCACCUACCAGCUGCACGCCUUCACGCUGCUGCACGACAAGGAGAGCGCCGCGUACGCAUCCUUCAACUUCACCACCAAGCCUAACACGCCGGGCAAGUUCAUCGUGUGGUUCCGUAACGAGACCACGCUGCUGGUGCUGUGGCAGCCGCCCUACCCGCCUGGUGCCUACACGCACUACAAGGUGUCGAUCGAGCCGCGCGACGCGCGCGACUCGGAGCUGUACGUGGAGAAGGAGGGCGAGCCGCCGGGGCCCGCGCAGGCGGCCUUCAAGGGGCUGGUGCCGGGCCGCGCCUACAACAUCUCCGUCCAGACCGUGUCGGACGCGCAGCUGUCGGCGCCCACCACGGCGCAGUACCGCACCGUGCCGCUGCGGCCGCGGAACGUGACGCUAGAGCCGCCGCCCGGGGCCACCGCCUUCACGCUCACCUGGCUGCCGCCCGCCGACAAGAGCGAGUUCCAGAAGUACCAGAUCUCAGUAUCUGCGGGCAGCGGAGCGGGCGCAGCGGGCGGAAAGCGGCUGCCGCCGGUGGUGCGGUCGCGGGAAGAGCCCACGUCGUGCUCGUUCGAGGGGCUGGAGCCGGGCGCGCACUACGCCGUGGCCGUCAAGACCAUGUCGGGCAAGGUCACCUCCUGGCCGGCCACCACCGAGGUCACGCUCAAACCCCUGGCCGUGCGCGAGCUGCGCUGGGAGCGGUCGACGGCCGCUGGUGAGGAGGGGCGUCUACGCGUCUGGUGGACCCCGCCUGACGGCAGUACGCAAGACGAGUACGAGGUGUCGUACCACGAGGAGGGCGAGGGCGGGGCCGACGACGGCAGCACGCUGACCACGCCCACCUCUGACGUCACCCUGGACGCGCUGCUGCCCGGCGUCGAGUACACCAUCACGGUAUCAGCAGUGUCCCGCGGGGUGAAGGGCGAAGGCGUAUCGGUAAUGGCGGCCACGCGGCCGUUAGCGCCGGUCCUGCGUGCCAGCCAGGCGGAGCCGCCGCCCCGGAGUGACUCCGGCGACGACAGUGAACGCCGCUCUCUGCUUCUCACCUUCAGCUCCGACGUGAACUCGCGCCAGGACCUCUACCACCUGCGCUACCGCCGCUACAGACCCAACAACACUGAUGACGAACCCUUCAAAACUUUGGAGACCAACGAGACGAGCGUCGCUCUGGAGGAUCUGUACCCGGGAGCCGUGUACGAGCUGCAGCUGGCCGCCAUCAGCCACGGGCUGCGGAGCGACACGCACUCGUUGCUGCAGCCAGUCCGUCCGCUGCCGCCCGCGUGGAUGUCGGUGGAGCGCGCCACGUCCAACUCGGUGGCGGUGGUGUGGCGCGGGCCCGGCGGCGGCGCCGUGGGCGCGUACCAGCUGCGGUACCGCGCGGGCGGCGGCGCCUGGCUCGCGGCGCCCGGCUCGCCGCUGCCGGCGGGCGCCGCGCGCGCCGAGCUCGCCAACAUGACGCACGGCGAGCGGUACGCGCUGCAGCUGGACGCGCUGAGCGAGGCGCCGCCCGAGCGCCCGCACCUCGCCGUCGACAGCGGCCGCCCGCUGCUCGCGCACCACACCGUGCGUCCCAACCCGGUGUCGAACGUAGCGCAACUUGCCGACACCCGCAACUUGACCCUGGAGUGGCCGCGUCCCGAAGGGCGCGUGGACUGGUACCGCGUGGCGUGGUGGCCGCAGGAGGAGGAGGGCGUGGCGGAGGUGCCCGCGGACGCCAGCGUGCGGAACGUGAGCGCGGCCGAGGGCGGAGGCCGAGCUGUGCUGGGCGCGCUCACCCCGGGCUGGGGCUACGGCGUGGCCGUCACGGCGCACGCCUACAACCUGACCAGCGACGUGUUCACCAUGCACACGCGCACACGACCGUUGAUUCUAUCGGAGAUGACGAUUGUGACCGAGAAUGGCGGCGACGACUCCGAUGACAACGACACGCUGCCCGCUUUUCUCGUGAUCUACACGCGCACGCCCGAGUCGGCGACGCGGUUCGACUCGUACCGCGUGCGGUUGGAGGGCGGGCGCGGCGAGGCGGCGCGGGAGCUGACCCGGCCGUCGACGGCGCCCUCGCAGCAACUGGCGUUCCGCGCGCUGGUGCCGGGCCGCCUCUACAACAUCACCAUGUGGACGCUGUGCCGCAACGUCACCUCGCACCCCGUGCAGCGCCAGGCGCGUCUCUUUCCGCGGCCGAUCCGCUCUCUGAACGCGACGGCGGUGGGCGCUCGCUCCGUGUCGCUGGCGUGGGAGCGGCCGCGCGGGGACUUCACGGACUUUGAGCUGCAAUACCUGGCCGCGCCUGACCACCUGGAGACGAUGGCCACGCCCGCCUUCCGGGCCACGCUGCAGGACCUGCAUCCCUACACGCUCUACACCUUCACCGUCGAGGUGCGGUCCGGCACGCCCGCCACGAUCCUGACGCGGUCGCGCGCGCGCUCGCUGGAGCUGCGCACCCUGGAGGCGCCGCCCGCCGCGCCCGCUCGCUUCCACCCGCGCGACGCCAAGCCCACCGAGCUCACGUUCGAGUGGGAGCUGCCCGCGCGCGACCGCAACGGCGACCUCACGCGCUACGUGCUGGAGUACGCGCCGCAGGCUGACCCCGCCGACACGCGCUCUAUAGAUUUCCCGCCCGACGCGGAAUCGGGGUCGGUGCGGGGACUACGCGCGGGUGACACGUACGAGUUCACGCUCCGAGGAGAGACCCGCGCGGGCCGCGGCGAGGCGGCGCGCUGGCGGCAGCACAUGGCCAUCGCGGCGCCGCCCCGGCCGCGGGCGCACGCCCUGCCCACCACCGUGAAGCGCUCGUCGUCCACGCUGGUGGUGCGCUUCCGGGCCGACUACUUCUCGCCCAGCAACGGCAACGUGACCGCCUACACGCUGGUGCUGGGGGAGGAGCCGCGCAACGACACGCCCGCCCGCCUGCCCUCGUGGCGCGACGUGCACCGUCUGCCGGUCUGGCCUCCGUACCAGGUGACGGAACCGUACUACCCGUUCCACUCGUCGGCGGUGGAGGAGUUCACCAUCGGGUCGGAGCGGUGCGAGGGCGGCGGCCGCGCCUACUGCAACGGGCCGCUCAAACCCAAUACCAAGUACUUUGUGAAGCUUCGCGCCUUCACCGCGCCCGACAAGUUCACCGACACCGCUUACACGACUGUCUACACGGAGGCUGACCACACCGGGUGGGUGGCGGGCGGUGCGGCAGCGGCUUUGCUCCUGGCGGGGGCGGUGGCGGCCGCGUGGCUGGUGCGGCGGCGGCGCACGCGGGAGUCGCCCCGCGCCGCGCGCCGCACGCCGCCCGCCUCGCGCCCCGUGCGCGUCGCUGACUUCAUCGACCACUACCGGCUCAUGUCCGCCGACUCCGACUUCAGAUUUAGCGAGGAGUUCGAGGAGUUGAAACAUGUGGGGCGCGAACAGCCGUGCACGGCAGCCGACCUGCCCGUCAACCGCCCCAAGAACCGGUUCACCAACAUCCUGCCGUACGACCACUCGCGCUACAAGCUGCAGCCCGUCGACGACGAGGAGGGCUCCGACUACAUCAACGCCAAUUACGUGCCCGGCCACAACUCGCCGCGGGAGUUCAUCGUUACUCAGGGCCCGCUGCACUGCACGCGCGACGACUUCUGGCGCAUGUGCUGGGAGAGCGGGUCGCGCGCCAUCGUGAUGCUCACGCGCUGCGUGGAGAAGGGCCGCGAGAAGUGCGACCGCUACUGGCCCUACGACACGCGGCCGGUGUACUACGGCGACAUCGCCGUGACCGCGCUCAACGAGUCGCGCUACCCCGACUGGACCGUGACGGAGCUGGCCGUGUGCCGCGGCGCCGAGCAGCGCGUCGUGGCCCACUUCCACUUCACCACGUGGCCCGACUUCGGCGUGCCCGAGCCGCCCACCACGCUGGCCCGCUUCGUGCGCGCCUUCCGCGAGCGCGUGCCGCCCGACGCGCGGCCCGUGCUGGUGCACUGCAGCGCCGGCGUGGGCCGCUCCGGCACCUUCGUCACGCUGGACCGCGCGCUGCAGCAGCUGGCCGCGCACGCCGACCACCUGGACAUCUUCGGCAUGGUGUGGGCGCUGCGGCGCGAGCGCGUGUGGAUGGUGCAGACGGAGCAGCAGUACAUCUGCGUGCACCAGUGCGUGGUGGCGGCGCUGGAGGGCGCCGACCUGGCGCCGCCCGCGCCGCAGCACGCCGGCCACCACCACAACAACGCCGCCUUCGAAGAUGACGAGGGUAUCGCCGAGUCGGGAAUGUGAAAGGUGAUGCCCCGCCACAGUCCAGAAGCCGAUGGCGACACACAAUAUGUGACUGAUCGAACCGUGGUGUAUUAUGUACAGGUCUCAUUAUCUUGUCGCAUCGAUGAUACGUUAGCCUGGCUAAUAAAGCCUCGUCAAAAAAUUGACAACCCAUUUUAUUUAUUCAUAACUGAAUAUCAAGCGUAUUUAAUUUGCUAGAAUUUCUCGGAGUGAAAUCAUAUCAGAUAAGAUUUAUCAAGUUUAAUGUUGUGCUUAUAAAGUCUUGUAGCUCAUAUAUAUAGCGCCGACGAUAAAAUAUCGAUUUUACAAAACAAAUAAUAAAAAUAGAGAUAAUGUGGCUUGUUGUAGACGUGUUCUCUAGCAGAAUAACAGCAGCUUCCGUCCUUGUAUAAUAAAUACUAUAAUUAAGUAAAUAAUAUCGACAUGCUUUUGUAAAAAUGUAUAUUAAAAUGUGGACCAAGUAUUUGAUACGGGCUUAAUUGUGUGUAAAUGUAUACGUUGAGUUCAUCACAUUGACCGUAAGUGCAUGUGUGCGGCACCGCAACGAUCUUUGUGUGAGUAGUCAAAGUCAAAUAAUUUUUAAAUUACUGAAUUUACCAAUGUGUUCGUAACUCGUAAAUUCAACGGCUACUCUUUUCAAUCAAAUAGAGUAUUUACAAUGGCUGUAAAAUACAUAACAAAUUAGUUUGUAAGGUGCUGCAUCCAAUAUAUGAAUCGUGUUUAAAUAAUAUAAAUUAUUUCAUAAAAAGUAAUAAAGAAUUAAAUGUAUAAAUAUAAAUUAUCGUAUAUUGGAAGCAACAACCUUUAGAGCUCGAAUUCAUUGUUUGUGUAAGUAUGCUUCGUGAACAUGAUGGUCGUGAUUACUGUCACAAUUAGUAAUUGCAUCCAACAAUUACAAUGAUUUAUUAACUGUAACAAAUCGACCUGGCACCACAAGGAGCAAACGAAAUCCCCGCUGCCGUCAGGCUAAGCGCUACUUGGCUAUCUGACACGAAAUUAUUUUGUCCCAAGUCUUGAACGAAUCUUCCCGAAACUAGUACGACAUAAGUUCACAUGUAACGAAAGUGCGUUCGAGCUUGCGUCUAACAACAUUUACAUCAAAAAUUAAUAUGUUGUAAUUACACACACACACAUUUAUAUCUAAUUGGAUUUACAAAUUAUAAUCAAACUCAAACACUGUAAAUUAAAUUGAUCGAAGAUAAAAUCUAUGGGUUGUAGGGAUGGGCUGAACUCGGCAUUCGGUUCAACCGAAACUUUGCGGCUUGAACAGAAUUUCGGCUUAUUCGAUACAAGAAAAAAACUAAACAAAACAUAUCCACUUUUUUGAUUGAAAAUAAUAGAACCAAAAAUCGAAAAGAAAGUUAUUUAAAACACUUGCAAUAAGAAAAUACUAAUAUUUCUCAACUUAAAUCUCGUUAAAACACCUAGAACAUGCAAUAAUAUGUUAAAUGUAAACAAAAACGCAUGCGUCAUGAAGAUGCUGUCUCCCUCAUUAACUCCCUCAAAAUCAACAGAACUUCUUUGAUUUUAACCGAAUGUUCGGCCGGAGUUCGUAUUCGGUUCAAACCACUUUCGGCCCAUCACUAAUGAAUUGUUUUUUCACCUUAAUUGUUAUUUAUAUCAAAGAUCUUGAGGUUGUUAUUUUCCAUUGGCGGAAAUUUGUUCAGAACAAUUUUAAAAGUUUUUUUCAGUAUCUUAUACAUUAUGCACGUAGUACAGAAUGUAAGAAGUAUGUUUAUUAAGGUUGAGCCAUACUUCCUGUAUCUUUUAUGUUGCUUAUGCAGGUGUAUCGCAGUAAUUUUUAUAAUCAAAUUUUAAGCUUUAUACACGUGCCAUACUGUAAUCUGGCCAAAGGUGUGCACGCCCUUGGUGUCUUACGAUCAAUGUGUUGAGAUUUAUUAUUUAGUACUUAAGUAAUGUAGCUAAAGAUUAUUUUAACUUGCGCCGAUGAACAAUACAAUCUUACUGGUGGUAGGCAUUAUUAUAUUGUCUCUUAUAGUGUAUCAAAAGUAAAAAUUUCAAUAACUUCAUCAAAUUAUUAUGGUAUAUUAUAGAUAGUUAGAUAGAUAUAUAUAAAGAGCUGUAUUUUAUUAUAAAAAUCAUAUUUUGUAGAUACAGAGAGCGAUAAUAGAAAGAUGUUAAACAGUGAUAUCUAUCUCUAGAUAAUGUUUAUGAUAAUCGAUUUAAAAUGCGUCACAAUUUAAGUUUGUGUGGUUGAUCAGCGCGGGUCAGACGCAAUAAUAUACUGUAUAGUAGUUGGUAGGGUAGACAUAAAAAGGAGCAUGAUUACUGAAUCUCAAAAUGUACUUAAACUAUUUUUGUAAAAAAUAUUUUAUUAUUUACUCGUUUAUAUAUUAACAAUCAAGUUUUUAUAUAGUAUAUUAUAUAAUGAAUUAUUGUUUCUACAAAUAAUAUUUAUAGAUUUAUACAGGGUAUUUAUUAUGACCGUCCAAUUAACGAAAAUCAAUAAUUAUUUAUACACCAACUAUUUUUGUGAAAUUUUUAUGAUUUUCAAUAAUGUAUUUAUUAAAACGUUUUAAUUUUUACACAUUUUGAAUUAAAUGUUCGACUCAGAUUGACGCGCAUAUUAAUUUUAUAUUGUUAAUAGUAUAAUUUUUAGUUCUGUCAAAUUAUACGUAUGUAUAAAAGGCAGAAAAUAUUCCUUUAUUGGUAGCUAUUGUAUAACUGCAGGUAAACCUCGUAGCAUAAUUAAUAGAUGGUAAAUGGUGCGAAACAAUGCUUUGCUAUGUACUUCAUGAUUUAUUUUCGUAUAUAAAUUUAAAUUAACCCAAUUGAUCUUGUUGCAAAAUAUUAAAAUAAAAGUAUGUUAACCAUAAAUGCAGCUAUUGUAUCAAACUCAAAACAAUGUAUCUGAAUCCCUUGCAGCUAAUAGAGUACUGUACCAUUUAUAAUGUACUUGUAUAUUUUUAAAUUUAACCGCAAUUAAAUCCUUUAUAAUAUGUACCUUUAUUUAAAUAGUCAAAUAUACAACUCACACGGCUGCCAAAUAGCACAGUUACUCAAACAAUGGCAGCGUUAUUUUGAUACUAUUACUUCAACACGAUCUGUUGAAAGCUAAUAUUACUAGCUCACGGAAUGGACAGACAAGUGGAAGUGCCUAGCAGCUAUCGCGUGUGUGACGUGUCUCACUGAGUCAAUAUAAUAUUAAGUCGUUAUUUGUGUUUGACGUGACGUCACGAACAAUACGAGUAAUAUAACAACGAUGACCUGUGCAAUUUGCAACAAUGGUUUAACAUCAGUAACUUAAUAAUAUUAUAUGAAAGCCUUUAAAAAAACCUUAUUUGUGACUUUAAUGCUAACUAAAACCUACAUUUAACUAUUGAUACUUAAAGCCAAAAUCAAUUCGCGUCUUCAUUAUCCUUCACUGUCAUUGUAAAAUAAUUGUGUAUACCCAGUACGCUUUUUUUGCUAAGAGUAGCGGUAAAUAAUAAUUGUAUUCUAUACUAGCCCCCGAUUCUAUAUACCCCGCGACGUCGUUCGCGUACGUAUUUUUACACCUUGGGUUACAUUACUGGACUUUUAGUAGGGAUCCCUAUUUUUUUUUAAACGUAACAUAGCCUAUAACACUCGGCGAUAGUGUAGCUUCCCAACAGUGAAAGAAUUAUUCAAAUCGGUUCAGUAGUUGUGGAGCCUAUUCAAUGCAAACAAUCAAAUCUUUCCUCUUUAUAAUAUUAGUAUAGAUAAUACUGUUGAAGUUGCAUUACAGCAUCCUCUGACAUUGAAAAGUCGCAUUUGUUCUUCAUUAGGUAGUUAUAUAUAGAAAUGUUUAACAGUUUUUGCACAUAAUAUGACAUCUAUUUCAAAGAUAAGUUAGAUAUAGCAUUAAAUAGUGAAAUUAAUAGAUUUCGUUCUUAUGAAAAUGAUAACAGCUGCGUAUGACUGUGACCUGUGUUUGAAUAAUAAUGUUGAAAUAGGAAUAAUCUUGUUAUUGAAAAAUAAGGAAUUUUAUUACAGGAUUCUGUAGCCUUGAGGAAUAUUUAAACGAAUAACUAAAUUUAUUAUUUGAAUUAAAAAACUUUGAUCAAGUAUAUAAAUCAUUUACACUAAAUGCGCAUUUAUAAUUUAAAGUCAAUUAAAUCAUUAUUUUUGGUCUAUUGCAAAUAAAGGAAUUUUUAGGGCUCUUCCACAUGAAUUUUGUAUUCUGUGUAAUAAUUAAUAUGAAGUAUGUUCUGGUGAAAAGUACAGAUGAUAUUCAUUUAUCUUCCUGAGGUGUGUAAUAAAUUAUUGUGCCAAGGUGACAGUUUUAUAUAUUUACUGAUCUUAUUGCAUUAUAAUAUUGUGUCUCAGUACAUGAAUACUUUGCUAAAUAAACUUGUUUUUUAGA